CUUCACUAUUAUAUUAUUAAAGUCGCACAAUACAAAGAAUAUAAAACGUUUCUUCCUUUGUAUCAUCUUCUUUUCCUUUUUCUUUACUCUCUCUUUUUCUUUUUCUUCUUUUAUUCAAAAUGACCUUAAGAGAAAACCCUAUAUUUAGGACAAAAGAGUCUAUUAUGACUUUUAGUCUUGUCUUAUUUGAAUGUAUUGUGAUUUGUAUUUUGGAAGGCAUUGUUAUCAUGAACCAUCUUCAGCUUGUUUCUAAUUGUAACCCUGAUAUUAUUGGCGAAGGUGUAAGCGAGUCUGAUCUUAUUUAUCAUUCUUUGUUUAUUGUUGCUCAAGUUUUUCAAGUUAUUUUGUGUGUCGAUGCCUUGUAUCAAAGAAAUACAGCUCAACUUAUUGCAUUGAUUACGUUUGGUCUAUCGGUUGUAGGUAAAUAUGCAGGCAUUCAACUUCAACAACAUGUUAUUUUAGAAGACGCCGUUUGUGGAAAUGAAGAAUUUUGGCAACCUGUAGAUCCCCGUUGGAGUGAUAAUUUGGCAGGCAUGGAUUCAGCAAAAAAUUAUUUCCGUAGCAUUAUGAGACCUAUUGAGUAUACUAUUAUUGCUUUGAUUCCUGCCUUCUUCCUCGUUCUUGCAUUUUUUGGAUGGAGGCUUCGCAAGCAAUUUGCUUGGGACAACUACCGUAACUUCUCUGCUGAUAUCAAAGUACGAAAUGCUUUGAUUACAGUUAGUUUAUUGCUCACACUUUUAAAGCUUGAUUUCUUCUUUGUGUUCUCAUUUGCUGCUCAAUUGAUUCCUUCUCAAAGAUUAGGCUACCAAGACACAGUGACUGAGACUGUUUUGGUCUUUGUGUUGGGUGGUUUAGGAUUGUGUUUAGCUCUGGUAGCUGUGUAUCAAGAAAACAAGUAUGCCUUAAUGGCCUUUAUCACUGCUGGCGGUCUUUGCAUUGUCUAUUUUAUCUACCGCCUUGUUGUUAUUGCCAGACCCAGAGCUGAAGGCUACGAUCCUUAUCUUCACACACGUCAAUUCUUGAUCUUCACAACUGUUAUUGCAGCUUUUCUAGUCUUGCUUACUGUUGCUGUCGCUUUCAAAUGCUUGUUGAAUAUCAAGAGAGGUGUUCUUAUCUUUAAUGAUGAAAGCAUGGGCAAAAACAAGAAAAAGUUGUACACCAAUCAACCCACCACUAUUGAUCAUGAUAGUAUUGAUGGUUACGAUAUGGCAGAAUCUCACCCACAUAAUGCAAGCAGAACAUUACUAGACAGUCAGCCCAUGGAUCAACAAUCCAAACCAAAAGCUGAACAAGACAAUAUGUGGUCUAUUGAAUAAUUAUAUAUAUACAUAUCUACCUUAUCUGAUACCUUUUAAUAUUUUUUCUCUAUAAUAAAGUUGUAUAAAAUAUCUAUUAAAGCAUAAAA